UGUGCUGCUCCGCCGGUAUUUAUCCGAGGGCAGAGCGGAAGAGAGGCGACUGCUGCGAAGCUUGCGUUCCGAUUUUUUCACAGCCCCCGUGCCCUGAAGUUUUCUUUUUAUCUUCGGCUUGCGGUCCUUCUCCAACACAGCUGCUGCCAUUUAAGUUUCUUGUGUUCGUGUGCUCAUUGACUGUAAAGCUUCGAGGAUGUCCAGCACGUCCACAGCUCCCCAGUAUGCGCCUUUCUUCGCCGUCAUGGGCGCCUCUUCAGCGAUGGUCUUCAGCGCCUUGGGAGCCGCCUACGGUACGGCGAAGAGUGGCACAGGAAUUGCAGCCAUGUCGGUCAUGAGGCCCGAGCUCAUCAUGAAGUCCAUCAUCCCCGUGGUCAUGGCGGGUAUCAUCGCCAUCUACGGCCUGGUGGUGGCCGUGCUAAUCGCCAACAAUCUCGUAGACGGCAUGACAUUAUUCAAGAGUUUCCUCUACCUGGGCGCCGGCCUGAGCGUCGGUCUCAGUGGGCUUGCAGCUGGCUUUGCUAUUGGCAUCGUUGGAGAUGCGGGGGUCCGAGGGACAGCGCAGCAGCCCCGAUUAUUUGUGGGCAUGAUCCUCAUCCUCAUCUUCGCUGAAGUAUUGGGUCUCUACGGCCUCAUCGUCGCCCUCAUCCUCUCCACCAAGUAAACUUCCUCCAUUUUUCUGCUCAACUGGGAAAACAAAAACCAAACCAUCUGUCCAUAAAUCGUCAUCGUCGUCUUCAUCUUCUUCUUCUUCUUCUGCUCUCCACCACGUGUACAGUUGUCAGUUUGGUAGUCGAUGAGUGUUAGUGCUUCGUCUGUCCCGUGUGUGUUAGGUAGUGGACUAUUUUACUUUCAUUUGUUUUUUUUUUAUAUAAAUGCAGGUUAUUCAGAGUCAGGCUUCUUAUUCUUUGGAUUGUGUUUCCAUUCUGUUUUGGAGAUGAACUGACUGUGGCUAACCUGACCAGACAGUGAGUGUCUCGACGUCCAUGUUCAUGUUGAGGAAACGUCGAUAGCAACUUGGAAGUGAAUUCCCCUUAUUUAUAAAGAUUUGAAAUGUUAAUGCAGUUCUGUAAAUGGAGCCCCUGAUGUGUAUGAUGAUAAUAAUAAUAAUAAUAAUUAAUGAAUAUAUCUCUGUGUCGGUCACUAGAUUGUUGCACUGUGGGUGAUUUGUGACAAGUGCUUGGGAGUCCUCUGGCCGGAGGUGGCGGCUGUCCGUGUGCCCGUCUCUCAGGGGACUUGUGUGUGUCACUUGAUGCUGACGUUCGCCACGCGUGUUCCUGUAGUUUUUUGCUGUAUGAAAAUCUUUGCAUUUGCAAGAUGUGCUCCCACUGUCGGGUUUCACGAAUCUUAAUAUUUUCAAAUAAACUUCCUCAACUUC